CCUGUUUGUACAGUGAUGAUCAUAAGUAGUACAGUAGAAGCUAAUACUACUGACUCAGUACUGGGGGUUUUAUGUCACUGAUGAACAAGAUGAAGAAGAAGCUGCCUGAGCGGAUCCUGAAUCACAUCCUGGAGAUUCUCUACCUGCUGACGGGAGAGCGUGUGACUAACUCACUGACAGCGGGUCACAUGACCGGGGACAAGAUGACGACAGAGAGAAUACUGACCCACACCCUGCAGAUCAUGUACCUGCUGACAGGGGAGGUGCCUAUAAAGUGUGAUGACGUUGCCGUGUAUUUCUCUAUGGAGGAGUGGGACUUUAUAGAGGGACACAAGGAGCUUUACAAGGACGUCAUGAUGGAGACUCAGCAAGCACUAAGGACAAUGGAGAUCCCAGGAAAUGAGAGCUCAGAUGAUAUUAUUGAUGAUAUUAUUACUGACGUAGAUGUUAAAACAGAAGAUCUGAGUGUAACGUGUCAGCUGGAAGCUGCAGAGCAGGAAAUGUGUGACAGCGGCAGUGCAAAUGUUAAAACAGAAGAUCUGAGUGUAACGUGUCAGCUGGAAGCUGCAGAGCAGGAAAUGUGUGACAGCGGCAGUGCAAAUAAUAUUAAUGAUGAUAUUAUUACUGACGUAGAUGUUAAAACAGAAGAUCUGAGUGUAACGUGUCAGCUGGAAGCUGCAGAGCAGGAAAUGUGUGACAGCGGCAGUGCAAAUGUUAAAACAGAAGAUCUGAGUGUAACGUGUCAGCUGGAAGCUGCAGAGCAGGAAAUGUGUGACAGCGGCAGUGCAAGUGAAUUUGAAAACGUCAUUAAUCCUAAUUAUGCUCAGAGUGCAGAAGCUCCUUUCAAUCCUCUUGAAAAUCAAAAAAGCCACAUGGGAAAUUUAUGUUCUGGAAGUGGGAAAUGCUUUACCCAGAAAUCACAUCUUAUUACUCAUCAAAAAAUUCAUACAUCAGCGAAAGCAUUUUCAUGUUCUGAAUGUGGGAAAUGUUUUCACCAGAAAUCGAGUCUUUAUAGACAUUUGAAAAUUCAUACAGGAGAAAAUCAAUUUUUCUGUUCUAUAUGUGGGAAAUGUUUUACCCGUAAAGAUAAUCUUGUUUCUCAUCAGAAAAUUCAUACAGGAGAAAAUCAAGUUUCUUGUUCUAUAUGUGGGAAAUGUUUUAACCGUAAAAGUAAUCUUGUUUCUCAUCUGAAAAUUCAUAGAAGAGAAAACAGAUUUUCUUGUUCUAUAUGUGGGAAAUGUUUUCUCAAUAAAUCACUUCUUUAUAAACAUCUGAAAGUUCAUACAGGAAAUAAUCAAUUUUCCUGUUCUAUAUGUGGGAGAUGUUUUACCCGUAAAGAUACUCUUGUUGCUCAUCAGAAAAUUCAUACAGGAGAAAAUCCAUUUUCCUGUUCUAUAUGUGGGAAAUGUUUUAACCGUAAAAGUAAUCUUGUUGUACAUCAGAAUAUUCAUACAAGAGAAAACAGAUUUUCUUGUUCUAUAUGUGGGAAAUGUUUUCUCAAGAAAUCACUUCUUUAUAAACAUCUGAAAGUUCAUACUGGAGAGAAUCCAUUUUCCUGUUCUUUAUGUGGGAGAUGUUUUACCCGUAAAGAUACUCUUGUUGCUCAUCAGAAACUUCAUACUGGAGAGAAUCCAUUUCCCUGUUCUGUAUGUGGGAAAAGUUUUACCCGUAAGGAUACUCUUUUUGUUCAUCAGAAAAUUCAUACAGGGGAGAAAGAAUUUUCAUGUUCUGUAUGUGGAAAAAGUUUUACUAUGAAAUCAACGCUUUUUAAUCAUCAGAAAAUUCAUACAGGAGUGAAAGGAUUUUCAUGUUCUAAAUGUGUGAGAUGUUUUACUCAUAAAUCAAGUUUUAUUAGGCAUCAGAAAGUUCAUAUUACAGGAAAUUCAGGAGAUAAGAUCUUAAAGGACCAUUAAACUUGACAUUUCAGCAACGCAUAAAAUAUUUAAUUAUUGCAAGUGAAACAUUAUUGCAAUAUACAUUCAUUAUUUAUUUAUUUUUUUCAAUCUUUUUAUUUAUGUCAAAGUUUAACAUAACAAUAAAGAAAAUUUACAACAGCUUCUAAA